AGACUUCGCACAGACACAGCAGCGGCUCCAGUGGAGGUUCAGGCUGUCAGCUAAACACGGCAGCCAUACAAGGCUUCAUGACAGAGGUUACCGGGGAUUGACCAGCGGCGACCCAGCAGACGAGCCUCACUCGGCGGCGGCGGCGGCGGCGGCACUUGCACACCGGCGACUCCAGGCGAGGCGAGGCGAGGCGAGGCGAGAGCCACACAGCGGUGCCCUGCUCUCCUCCUGCUCUCCUCCUGCUCUCCUCCUGCUCUCCUUCGUGCUCAAAGUCACUCAACGCUGCGCUCCCCGUCACCAGCUAACACACCGAUCUGACUCGUGUUACUGCCACUUCAUGAUCCGAGCUAGCUGAGGAGCAAAACAAGGACAAUCGCUCCAAGUUUAAAGCGGCGGUGUGUGUGUGUGUGUCUGACCGGCUGUAGCAUCCAGCAGCUGGGGGAGAGCGACAGCGAGGCGACGGGACCCGAGGAGAGAGCGACGGGACUCGGGGGGGGAGCCAGGGAGCCAGGCAACCAGGGCAGCGAGGGGUGGUGGCUGGAUAAACUCGAGGGGGUCGCCUCCAGCUCCUUGGUGGAUUUUUUUUUUUUUUUAUUAUCCCCUGCCUGCUAACGUUAGCUAAAAGCUAGCUCCAGAACAGCGCCAUGGAUUGGUUGAUGGGGAAGUCGAAGACGAAGCCAAAUGGAAAGAAGCCUCCGACAGAGGAGAAGAAGCAGUACUUGGAGCUAGAGUACACAAAAAUCCGCGUGGUGGACUUUGACCUCAAGGAGCUGGUGGUGCUUCCCAGAGAGAUAGACCUCAACGAAUGGCUAGCCAGCAACACAACAACAUUCUUCAAUCUUAUCAACCUGCAGUACAGCACCAUCUCAGAGUUCUGCACUGGGGACACCUGUCAAGCCAUGACGGCUUGCAACACAAUAUACUACUGGUAUGACGAGAGGGGGAAGAAGACGAAGUGCACUGCUCCACAAUAUGUCGACUUUGUAAUGAGUCUCUGUCAGAAACUGGUCACAGAUGAGGAAAUCUUUCCUACCAAAUACGGCAAAGAGUUCCCCAACUCCUUUGAGUCAUUGGUAAAGAAGAUCUGCCGGUACCUGUUUCACGUGCUGGCUCACCUCUACUGGGCGCACUUUAAAGAGACGGUGGCUCUGGAUCUGCAGGGCCACUUGAACACUCUGUAUGCACAUUUCAUCGUUUUCGUAAGGGAAUUCAACCUGGUCGACCCCAAGGAGACCUGUAUCAUGGACGACCUGUCCGAAAUCCUCUGCACCCCAGUCCCGCCGCCCGCACCCGCCCCGGCCCCCUCCACCCCAGCCUCAGCGCCCUCCCCCUCUUCACAAAACCAUGUGACGGAGAGAUGAGCGGCGGCGUCGGUGAGACAGCAGCCCCGGGGGUGAUAGAAGAUAAGAUAGAGGAGAGAAGGAAAGACAGCCUGGCCCCCUUCCUCGGUGCCAGCAGGACUUAAGAGACCUUCCACUACCCUUAUAUUUCGCUACGACACCAACCAACCAGCCGGAAGGAAGGGGGGGAGGGUUUUCGGGGGGGGUUUGGGGUGGCGGGGAGGGGUUUGUCACGCCAGCAGGAAUUGGCGUGAGCGUUCCUCCCAGGGGCAAAUCCCUCCCAUCUUCUCUGCAAUUUAAACUAGGAACAAAAAGUAUGUGUAUGUUUUUAUUUUUUGGUUUUAUUUCACUUUUAUUUUAUUUUAUUUUUUGUUGAAGUUUUAUUCAGUUUUAUUUUUUGUUGUGGCGGGGGGGUGCAGUGUGUCCUUCGGCCCCUCACCUCCCUCCAUCCUCUACCUAACAUACAGUACAGGAAGGGGGCUCUGCUUUGCUUCAACCUACUAUUGUACAGUGUUGUUAAUGUGUGGAGAAGAGGCGUCUCUGCUCACCUGCAGGCUCGUCCUUCCCUCCCCCUGCUGCGGCGGGAGGCGGCCUGCAGGCGCACGGCCACUACGCUGGCCAGUAGAGAGCCACGUUACUGCCUGACGGGGCGAUACUAGCCAAUCACUGUUUGGGUUUAUGUGGGGGGAUGAUUAAAGCGCUUCCUACUCAGGACUAGAGAGAAUACAUCACUGCUGCCAGAGAGAAGUUAACUCUCUUCCCCCCCCCCAUUCUCUGUCCCUUUCACCAGACUGCUCAGUCCCUCGUAUGACAGAUGUUGAUCGUGUUUAACUACAGUAUAGUCACAUAAUCACCCAGUGUACCCCUAACAAACAUGUCCCCGAGCUCACCUAUAGAGGGCAGCAAAUCUGUAAAGAACGCCACAGAAACAGGGAGGCAGAGAUAAAAAUAUGAAGAUUGUGUGUUAGAUAUUUAAUCUGAUCAGAGAUACUUUAAGGAAGACUAAUGCCUGGAUGAGGCUGAGUCUUGUUUGCUGGUGUAAGCAGCCCCUUAAACCACCAGUGCCACCACCACCACCCACUCCAGCAGCACAGAAGGACAAAGACAUGAGGUAAUGUCUGCAGGCCCAGAGAGGCAGAAAUGGAGACAGAAAGAAGGGGUGGGGAGCAGAUGGUGUGGAGCUGCUCUGCUGUUUAACAGUCACCAGUACUCCCAGUGCAAAACUAAAAAUAAGUUAUUUUUUGUUUUUACCUGUCCCUUUAAAAUUUGCUUUUUAAAAAGAUUAUCAGAGGAAAAUUAGUUCAGAAAUAAUAACAGUAAUUGUAUCGUUACACAUGUAUAGAAAAUGCACAGUCUGCUUGGACUUUACUGUACAAAGAAUCGCAAGCGGGUUCUGUCAGACAUAGCCUCUGUUUGGAGGAGGAUUGGGUUUAUAAUUCUCCUUUUUUAUUUAUUUUAAUUCUUUUUUUUUUUUUUCUGUUUUUGCAGGGUUCUUCAGUUCUGGCUCUCGUUUUUAUGUAUUUUAAUUAUUAACUAAGUUAAAAGCAAUUUAAUAUUUUAAGCUCUGCGGAUUAUAAUCUAAUAAAAGAGAGAAAUGCCA